AUGGACGUGUUUGUUAAUUGCUGGAUGCACAACACUUACAAAUUUGACAAGUCUGCUGUGCGAAACAUGGAAAAACCUCUUCCCUUUGUUUUCCUUUUCUUGCUUCAUUGCUUCCUGUCCUGCUUAGCUUGGACUCAGACAAACAUCACCACCGACAUAUCUGUGCUUCUUUGCCUUAAAUCUCAUAUCACUUCGGAUCCAUACAAUUUCUUAGCUAAUUGGUCUGUCUCUUCUUCUCCUUGCAAUUGGGUUGGUGUCACCUGCAAUACUCGUCAUGGAAGGGUCCAUUCCUUGAAUCUUGGUGGCAUGGAUCUUAAGGGUAGCAUAUCUCCACAACUAGGAAAUCUCUCCUUUCUGGUUGAUCUUGAUCUCAGUGAAAACAACUUUCAUGGUCAAAUUCCUCAAGACUUAGUUCAAUUACGUCGAUUGAGACUGUUCAACUUGAGCUAUAAUGACUUUCAUGGACAAGUUCCAACAUGGAUAGGAGAUUUAUCUAUGCUUGAGCAGUUGAGUUUUCGAAAUAACAGUCUCACUGGGUUUAUUCCAUUAUCUCUAUUCAAUCUAUCAAGGUUGGAGACUUUGGAUUGGAAUAAUAAUUUACUUGAAGGGACCAUUCCAUUUGAGGUGGGAAGACUUGAGCGAUUGAACAUCUUACGACUCGCGGGUAACAAACUUUCAAGAAACAUUCCCCGAACAAUAUUCAACUUAUCUUCGCUGGAGUUAUUAAGUUUGUCAUACAACAGUUUGUCAGGAAUCAUUCCAAGUGAGAUUGGAAACUUGACAAACCUCCAGACUCUUAUGCUUAGCAGCAACAAUUUGCAAGGUGAGAUUCCAUCAUCUCUCCUCAACAUUUCUUCUUUAAGAGUGUUGGAUUUAUCCAAAAACAAUUUGAAUGGUAGUCUUCCAAUAUCAACUGGCAAUGGGACAUUGUUGGAAGAAUUAUAUUUAUCAUGGAAUUUCUUUACAGAUUGCUUUAACCCUCUGUUUUGA